AUGCCACUCGAAGGCAGCGGUGUUCGGCGAGAAGCGCCUGGAACCCGGCCACACCAGGACCUGGAGUAUGGCAGUCCUGUCCUGAGAAAGCCGAAGAAGAAGACAGUUUCCAUUUUCCGAUACCUUUGCGCUUGCUUCAUCGUAGUCUCUCAUUUCUCUUUCAUCGUGCUGACAGCGUGGGUCAGCUGCAGCUUCGCACGUUGGGAAGAAUUGGACGAGCCCCUGCAAGAGCCGAUCCAGCUUCGUAUUGUGGCGGGCACGCACUCCGAACAGGCCGACUGCUGGAAUCCAACCGCAUUUCUUGGUGUACACAGGCCUGGUACCGCCAGAGCUUCUGGAUUUUGCGAGAUGAGGGCAUCUAGUCUUCCAAGCAACCGCUUCCGAAGCUUCGUAGCAUUGAUGCUGGGCCCCCUGGUGGUCAUUGAAACCGUCUUGCAUUGGUUCCAGGGGACCCAUUUCCCCCUUACAGCUUCGCAGAGCUUCUUUAUCGUGAGCACCGGGCGGGAAAUGGAGAGGAAAGUUCCAGUGGUGGAUGUGGCAUCGAUACUCAUCUUGACGGCAAUGGCAAUCUUCUUCUUUUAUUGUGGUAUGUGGAACAUUGCUCUCCUCUACAUGAGGGUACAUGAUUUGGAAUCUGAGAGCGCGUUGGUUCAAUGUUGUAUCCAGCUACUUGUGUGUUGUCUCAGCAUGCUCAGCAAGCUCAAGCCAUCGCUGAUGUUUGUCGUCAUCUACUUGCUCUACAGUUGCAUACUCACCUAUGUGGAUCCACUCUUUCUUGCUUUCAUUCCGACAGUGUAG